AUGCUGACUUUGCCUUAGCUGAGGAGCAGAGCUCGACUCCUGGACUUCCCACAUGUCGCGGUCUCGCUCGCUGGUCGGCCGCUGCGGACCGUAGGAAGCGCGGCUGCUGCUUCACAAUACAGCAAUUGCGAUAUUCAAGAAGCGUCACAGCAAGACCGCGCAACACACGUCGCGACUCACGCCCGGCGUGGUCAUGCACGGCGCAUGGAAACGUGCCGACAUGGACAAGUCGCGUUUAGUCCUCGCGUGCCCCAGACCUUUCCUAUUACUAGCGCUGACAACUUGGUCUGCAGAGCGCAAUAUUACAUCAACUAAUUAAGUUAGUUGUCAGUGUUGGCGACACAACACCUUUGAGAAUGCAGCUUCAGCAGCGUCUGCCCUCCGGCGGUGCCGCCCGCAGCGCGCGCGCUUCGCGCCGCACCGUGUCCGUCCAGGCCACUGUCGCUCCCCCCGCUCCUACCUCGGGCAAGAAGCUGUUCCAGUAUGAUGGCGCUCUUUCUGAGGUCGACCCGGAGAUUAGUGCUCUCAUCACCAAGGAGAAGUCUCGCCAGGUCCGUGGCCUGGAGCUGAUUGCCUCGGAGAACUUCACCUCCAAGGCGGUGAUGCAAGCCCUGGGCUCGUGCAUGACCAACAAGUACUCCGAGGGUCGCCCCAACGCGCGCUACUACGGCGGCAACGAGUACAUUGACCAGGUCGAGCUGCUGUGCGAGAAGCGCGCCCUGGAGCUGUUUGGCCUGGACCCGGCGGAGUGGGGCGUCAACGUGCAGCCGCUGUCGGGCUCGCCCGCCAACUUCGCGGUGUACACGGCGCUGCUGCAGCCGCACGACCGCAUCAUGGGCCUGGACCUGCCGCACGGCGGCCACCUGACGCACGGCUUCAUGACCGCCAAGCGCCGCGUCAGCGCCACCUCGAUUUUCUUCGAGUCCAUGCCCUACCGCCUCAACGAGGCCACCGGCACCAUCGACUACGAGACGCUGGAGAAGACCGCCACCCUGUUCCGGCCCAAGCUCAUCAUUGCCGGCGCCUCGGCCUACAGCCGCAACUACGACUACGCGCGCAUGCGGGCUGUGGCGGACAGCUGCGAGGCCUACCUCAUGUCGGACAUGGCGCACAUCAGCGGCCUGGUCGCCGCCGGUGUGGCCACCAGCCCCUUCGCGCACUCGCACAUCGUGACCACCACCACGCACAAGUCGCUGCGCGGCCCCCGCGGCGGCAUGAUCUUCUACCGCCGCGAGCUCAAGGACAAGAUUGACCAGGCCGUGUUCCCCGGUCUGCAGGGCGGCCCCCACAACCACACCAUCUCGGCGCUGGCUGUGGCGCUCAAGAUGGCCAACACCGAGGAGUUCCGCACCUACCAGAAGCAGGUGGUGGCCAACUGCUCUGCGCUGUGCGGGCGGCUGCAGCAGCACGGCUACAAGAUCGUGUCUGACGGCACCGACAACCACCUGGUGCUGCUGGACCUCAAGCCGGCGGGCAUUGACGGAGCGCGCGUGCAGACGGUCCUGGACGCGGUGUCCAUCACGCUCAACAAGAACUCGGUGCCCGGCGACAAGAGCGCCAUGGUGCCCGGCGGCAUCCGCAUCGGCACGCCCGCGCUCACCACCCGCGGCUUCCAGGAGAAGGACUUCGAGCAGGUGGCUGACUUCAUCCACCGCGCCAUCACCAUCGCCAAGGACUGCCAGGCCAAGACGCCCGCGCCCGGCAAGCUCAAGGAGUUCAAGGAGUACCUGGAGGGCGCCGGCGCCGCCCGCCCCGACAUCGCCGCGCUGCGGGCCGAGGUGGAGGCGCUCGCCACCUCCUUCCCCAUGCCCGGCCUGUAAACGGCCCGACGACACGGGGCGACUGGGAUGACAGGGAUGGCAGGGGUUGGCAGGGGGGGUCGUGGAGGUGGUGGGGCGACAGGGGGGAGGGGGUUGUGUGAGGCGCGCGCUGCAGGCAGGCGGAGCAGCAGCGAUGGGCAGGAGGCGGCUGCGCAGCAGGGGGGGGGGCGCGCGCGUAUUUGUGGAUGUUGUGGUGGUGUGACGCCGGCGGCACGUCACGGCGUGGCCAGACCAAGUGCUGGGCGGCCGUGCCUGGCGUGUUUUGAUGGCGGUGGCGGUGUUGACUUUCUUGGGGGGCUUGCGUUAGUAAGAGACAACUGACCUGAGUUAUGAUUCUUCCGGGUAGCGCCAACGGACGGGGAGGGGGGCCAUUUCUGUGCGCCUCUCGAUAGCGCCUGGCAACUUGGACGACCAACGCUUUCCUUUACAAGGGGCGGGCAUGUUGACAUGCAAGUGAUCUAGACACGACGGCCUGACCAACUGACGAACAGACGUGACUGUCGAGGCAUAGGUAGAUGAACGUUGACCGCAGGGUGGGAGCAGGCGGAAGGUGCGGGAGGGGUUGCGCGGAGGGCCGCACGCAAGUGUCUACGAGGCGGCUUUGACUGCCGCACACUGUGUAAUCGGCCUGGGCA